AUGAUCCUCGUCAUGCCCUCUGGUAAAAUGCUUUUGACCCGCGAUUUCAUUAAAUCAUGUUUUUGCGCGCAAUUGCGCGCAAAAACUGCCAGAUAAUGCUGCAAAAUGAAAAAAUCACCACUUCGGCCUU